AUGCUGUCCAAAACCGCCGUUUUCGCAUUGAUUGGUGCCGCCCAGGCGCAUACAGUCGCCUGGACUAAAGGCAUGUAUUGCUUGGGAGGUCCUGAUCCUUCCACAGUAAACCUCAACACCAACACUGCAGUGGGACCCCUUUACGACCUCUCCCACGAGGACUGGUGGUUCCAGCACGAGCGCGGUUGUGACGCAGCACCGCCAGCGGACGGUGAGAUUCUCGAACUUCCUGCUGGUGGGAGCUUCACUGUCGAACUCGCCCAUAACCGGGCACAGACGACCCUUUCCUAUGAUGGACAGUACGCUUCUGUCUGGCCGGAUGGAAAGGAUUAUCCCGAAGACUGGGCGGGCCCUGGAAACCCCCCUGAGUGCAUCCAGGACGACGGCGCAAUGCACACCAACAACGAAACCACCGCUGCUGGUACAGCGUUUGCCAUUAGCUACCAGUCAAAUCUGGCUGAUGUGACCAUGGAUAACCUGUCGGUGUUCACUACUUUGGAACAGUGA